AGACAUGCAGAUAGAGUUAAGAAAAGAGGAGAGAAGGUGCGCGUAAAUGAUGCAAUCCAUUUGCGAGAAAGAAAACACUACUUACUACCCACAGAGCCUAGCUAGCUUGAGUAUCUUGAAAGCAUAAAAAAAGAUAGAUGACAUAAAAAAAAGAACUACACUACAAGUUUCCUAACAACGGCUAUGAAUUGUGUUUUGAGUGUGAGUGAGGCGCUCAAUAUGUCAAAAGUUUCAAACUUUAGACAGCUAGCUUAGCUACCCAACAAAAUUUUCUCUCCCUCCUUUUCUGGUUAAGAGGUUUGGCAGGUUUCCUGAUGGUGUGAUGAAGAAGAGCCACUCUGCAGCAUUCUGCAUUUCUCUUUCUCCACUCAGGUGGGCUGCUAAUCUGCGUAAGUGUCUGUCAGAAACCCUUCAUUUGGUGUGUGUUUUUGAGUUACUGGGUUCUGCUGAAAACAAUGGUUUGAUGUUGAAGUAGCAGCAGCAGCAGCCUUCCUUCCUAUAUUGUUUGACAGUUUCGUGUUGAAUGGUUGGUGAAAACCUCAGGAGAAACCAUCUCUGCGUUGUUUCCAGCAUUUCCCUGUGUAGUGACAGUUCAAUACAAAAGGUGGUUGUGACUUGUGAGAACGGUGAUCAUAAGCAGCUGCCAUUUUUCUCACUUCUUCUCAAUCAAGAAAAGAAAUUGAGACUUGAGAGAUUUGAUCACGUACACUGGGAUUGUCUCCAAACAAGAGAUCAUGAUGGGGCGCAGGGAUCUACGAUCGGUUGAAGCUGGUUCGUUGCACGUUAGUUCCAGCACCAUAGUUCCACAGCAAGAAGGACAAGAAGUACCUGACCAGUUGCAGGCAAAGAGGUUUGAUCAUUCUGUAGCCAAGAGGGCGGCCCUUCGAGCACGUUACGUAUAUUGCAUCAUCUUCUUGCUAACAAAUCUCAAAGCCUGGUUCUUCCGAGACUACGGCCAAAAAGUCCUCAGUCAGUUCAAUUAUGUAAAAGCUUGCGGAGUAGAUGGGGAAGACUGCUGUCAUACUCUGGGGGUCCUUCGAGUGAGUCUUGGCUGUUUUAUAUUCUUCAUUGUCAUGCUGUUCACCACGGUUAAGACAAGAAAGCUGUAUCAAGCUCGCAGUGGCUGGCAUUCUGGUUGGUGGUGGUCGAAACUUGUCAUUUUGAUAGUGUCAAUGACAGCUCCUUUCUUCCUCCCUUCAAAUCACAUUCAAGUUUAUGGUGAACUUGCUCGCGUCGGUGCAGGGGUUUUUCUAGUUCUGCAACUUGUGAGUGUGAUUGAGUUUAUCAGCUGGUGGAACAAUUACUGGAUGCCUGAUGAAGGAAAAAACCAAAGUUGCUCCUUUGGACUAUUCAUGUCAACAAUCGUUUACAUAGCUUCCGCCUGUGGGAUUCUAGCAAUGUACUUCCUCUAUGGACAUAGACUUGAAUGUGCUCUCAACAUAUUCUUCAUCACGUGGACAGCAGUUCUGCUUACUAUACUGAUGUCUAUUUCCUUGCAUUCCAAGGUGAAUAGAGGUCUUCUAUCGUCUGGGAUCAUGGCUUCGUACCUCGUCUUUCUUUGUUGGUCUGCUAUAAGAAGUGAACCUACCAGUGAGAAAUGCAACAACCGAAACCAAAGUCAUGGAAACAGUGACUGGACUACCAUACUUAGCUUCUUAAUAGCCAUAGGUGCAAUUGUGAUGGCAACCUUUUCAACAGGAAUUGAUUCCAAAGCAUUCCAGUUCCGAAAGGAGAAGAUUGAAGAGGAAGAUGACAGCAUCCCUUAUGAUUAUGGGUUCUUCCAUCUGGUGUUUGCAUUGGGGGCAAUGUAUUUUGCAAUGCUCUUCACCAGCUGGAACCUGAACAGUUCAGCAACCAAGUGGAGCAUUGAUGUUGGGUGGGCAAGUACAUGGGUGAAAAUCUUGAACGAGUGGUUCGCAGCUACAAUAUACAUAUGGAAGCUGAUUUUCCCAGUUGUGAGGCAACCGAAAGUUUCCAUGGAUGAAGGGGUUGGUGCGACAGUGGUGCAGAUCGUGCAACAGGGUGAGACAGCAGUAGUAGUAGUAGCAUAAGCAAAAAGGGAGCAUAUAUAUACAUACAAGAGGUGUUACCCUGCAGAUCAAGUAUAAUCAUGAAAAUAUGAGGCGGGAGAGUGAGAAGCAAGCAAAUAGAGAAAGGGGGAAAGUAUGCCAUGCCAUGGUUGAAAUUCUCUGUAGUUUAUAUAGUUUUAGCAAGACAUCAUAGGCACCAAAUCCUUGAUGAGGAAUUGAGGGCUUUGUCACUUAUUCUGUUGUACAUGGAGGAAGCAAAGCAUAGUAAAAUGAAUCCGACUCCAUGUGGGACCAGAUUGAUGAGGGCAGUGGAUUUCCCCAGCUGCUGAUGAUUAGCUGCAUUUUGCUCCCAUCUCCUAAUUUGCCUCCGAUUCAGCCCAUCGCCAGAUGCAAUUCCUUCUGCCAGCUCUAUGAUCAGAAUAUAGAGGCCGUAGAUAGCAACGUCGUUACAUCUCCUAAGCACCAGCGAUAGCAAAUGAUCAGCUCCUUCCCCUUUGUCUGAUAGAUACUGAUUUCUUUCCAGUGCCAUCAUCCUUCUUAGGAUGCAAGACUUUCUUCACCGAUCUGCUCCUUCUAGUGAUUAGAUUGCUCAACUCCAUCAACGGCCUGUUUUGGUUCAGCAAUCAAACCAACCACAACAUAGAGAUGGGAGAUAUGAUUAGAAAGCAGGCCACAGAAAGAAAUCUGAGGAUAAGAAAACAUUAUGCGGUCUCUCUGUGCUAUCUAAACAUGGCUAACUUCAUUAAGGUCAAGUUUAUUGUAAAGGACCAAAGAGUUCGCAAAACAGAACAAAAUUCUCAAGCAAUUAGAUAGAAGGCAGAGAGGAAGCAGUUAGUAAGCGAGCAGACUCAAGACAUCUCCUCUAAUCCUGUUAGCCUGUUAGGGGAAUAAGAAAUGAUUUCCCUUCUUUUUUAUUAUCCCAUUUUCAUUACUAGUGCAUGCCUAGUCAUUUUCAUUUUCGCUAGUGCACAACUAACCCUACCAGAGACUCACAAGCAGAAGUAAGAACCAGCCAUUGAGGGAGGUACACCAGCUGCAGAAUCCAUCAUAUGCAGCUCGCAGUUCCUCGUACCUUGGAAUUGAAGUCGGCCAGCAGGACAACUCAACCAGGAAAAGACUCCAAUAACUUCGGAAAUUAUGUAGAUCAGCGAACCACUCCAACGCUGCCCCAGUCUUCAAAUUGCAGGACAGCACAUCCACAGUCUUCACCAAAGAGGGGAAUUGCGGAGGAUGAUCAACGUCACGACUGCAGGGAAGAGCGAAGAAGACAACUUCCGGCUUGCCUGGAUGGAGGGUAGGUGCAAGACAAGCAUCAAUUUCACGUGACCUUGAUCCCUUCAACAACCCUUCACAUACUUUCCUCCAAGAUUUGCGGUCUUCUUCCAGCCUCCAAACAGUCGAUGCAAACGGUGAACAACCCGGUUGAGGAUUCUCUUCCAGUAAAAUCAAGUGCAGAGCACCUUGUGAGACCGAGAUAUUCCAGUACUCUUUCCCAAGGACUGGUGAUGGAACAUCAAUGGCAGAGGGAGGUAUAUCGAGGAAGAAAGGAUUAAAAUCAGCAACUACAGGCUUCUAGCGACCAAAAUUAAGCCAAAACAACUCCCCAUUGCACGAAACUACACUUUCUGCUGGGACUCGGAAUUUAUCAUCGAGAACAAGAGCAUCCUUCGUCCAUUCCCGAGAAUCCGAACAAAACAAGUUCAUUUUUAAAAAGCCUCCAUCCCGGUACAGACACACCACGCGGAAUCGAUACUCGUAAGCAAAGACUUGGCCAUCUCCUAGAUUGAGAUUAAUUCGGGAUUCACAAACUAAACAUUUCAAUAUUCUAGUAUUUUAACUAAGAAAAGAGGUACAUAAUUAUCAACGAUAAUGUAAAAAUGGCUAAUCUUUUUAUGCAUUAUGAAUGAUUUGGCUAAUUAAUGGAAUUUUAAUAGGUUUGGAUAAUAUAAAAAAAUAUGAAAAGGGUUUGGAUAAAAAUUAGGCAUUACC